AUGCGGCCCCUCUGGCUCUGCUGGGCGCUCUGGGCGCUGCCCCUGGCCGGCCCCGGGGCGGCCCUGACCGAGGAGCGGGUCCUGGGCAGCCUGCUGCGGCAGCUGCGCCUCAGCGAGGCUCCCGUCCUGGACGAGGCCGAUGCGGAGAGGCUGGUCAUCCCUGCCCACGUGAGGGCCCAGUACGUGGCCCUGCUGCAGCGCAGCCACGGGGCCCGCUCCCGGGGGAAGAGGUUCAGCCAGAACUUCCGAGAGGUGGCCGGCAGGUUCCUGGUGUCCGAGGUCUCCUCGCACCUGCUGGUGUUCGACAUGGAGCAGCGGCUGCCGCCCCACAGCGAGCUGGUGCAGGCCGUGCUGCGCCUCUUCCAGGAGCCGGUCCCCAAGGCCGCGCUCCGCAGCCACGAGCGGCUCUUCCCGCGCAGCGACCGCGCCCGGGUCACCGUCCAGUGGCUGCACGUCCGCGACGACGGUUCCAACCGCACCUCCCUCAUCGACUCCAGGCUGGUGUCCGUCCACGAGAGCGGCUGGAAGGCCUUGGACGUGACGGAUGCCGUGAACUUCUGGCAGCAGCUGCGCCGGCCCCGGCAGCCGCUGCUGCUGCAGGUGUCGGUGCAGCGGGAGCACCUGGGCCCGCUGGCCUCCAGCGCCCACAGGCUGGUCCGCUUCGCCUCGCAGGGGCCGUCGGGCGCCGGGCAGCGGGAGCCCCAGCUGGAGCUGCACACCCUGGACCUCAGGGAUUACGGAGCUCAGGGAAACUGUGAUCCUAAGGCACCAGUGACCGAGGGCACCCGCUGCUGCCGCCGGGAGGUGUACAUUGACCUGCAGGGGAUGAAGUGGGCUGAGAACUGGGUCCUGGAGCCCCCAGGCUUCCUGGCCUAUGAGUGUGUGGGCACCUGCCAGCAGCCCCCAGAGCCCCUGACCUUCAAGUGGCCAUUUCUGGGGCCGAGACAAUGCAUCGCCUCAGAGACGACCUCGCUGCCCAUGAUUGUCAGCAUCCCGGAGGGAGGCAAGCCCAGGACCCAGGUGGUCAGCUUGCCCAACAUGAGGGUGCAGAAGUGCAGCUGUGCCUGGGACGGGGUGCCUGUACCAAGGAAGCUGGAGCCGUAG